UUUUCUUCAGAGUCCUCAGGCAGCGCGGAGUAUAUAAACCGGGUAAAAGACAAGCACGGCACGAAGGAGCUUCAUUCCGUUUCGUCAGGAGUUCUGGACAGAGGCACACUUUACGAUCGCCCUUCCAUCACCAUGGCUAACUCCACUGGACCACAGAUGGCUUUUUACGGGUCUCAGGAUAUGACCUAUGGAUAUCCCGAAGGUGUGAGUAUCGUGGACCUUGUAAGGCCUGAAAUCAAGCCGUACGUCCACCAACAUUGGUACAACUAUCCCCCCGUCAACCCCAUGUGGCACUACCUCCUUGGUGUCAUCUACCUGUUCCUUGGAUUCAUUUCCAUCAUUGGCAACGGCCUGGUGAUCUACCUGUUCGCCAAAUGCCAGGCUCUUAGGACUCCCGCUAACAUCCUCGUGGUGAACCUCGCAUUUUCUGACCUCAUCAUGUUGACCACCAACGUUCCCUUCUUCACGUACAAUUGUUUCAAUGGUGGUGUCUGGAUGUUCAGUGCUACCUAUUGUGAGAUCUAUGGUUGCCUGGGUGCUAUUACUGGCGUGACCAGCAUCUGGCUGCUGUGCAUGAUCUCCUUUGAUAGGUACAACAUUAUCUGUAAUGGUUUCAAUGGACCCAAGCUCACUAACGGCAAGGCCAUUGUCCUGGCCUUCAUCAGCUGGGCCAUCUCUGUUGGCUUUGCCAUCGCUCCCUUUUUCGGCUGGGGCAAGUACAUCCUGGAGGGUAUCCUGACUUCCUGCAGCUACGACUAUCUCACUCAGGACUUCAACACCAGGAGCUACAACAUCAUCAUCUUCGUCUUCGACUAUUUCCUCCCGGCCGCUAUCAUCAUCUUCUCUUACGUGUUCAUCGUAAAGGCGAUCUUCGCUCACGAGGCCGCUAUGCGCGCACAGGCCAAGAAGAUGAACGUGACAACCCUCCGCUCCGGCGAAGCCGAAUCUCAGCGUGCAGAGAUCCGUAUCGCUAAGACAGCCCUUGUCAACGUUUCUCUGUGGUUCAUCUGUUGGACUCCCUACGCUCUCAUCAGUCUACAGGGUGUGUUGGGCGACUUGAGUGGUAUCAAUCCUCUCGUCACCACCCUGCCCGCCCUGCUGGCCAAGUCCUGCUCCUGCUACAAUCCUUUCGUGUACGCCAUCAGCCACCCCAAGUACCGUCUGGCCAUUACCCAGUACAUGCCUUGGUUCUGCGUGCACGAGACGGAAAAGAAGAGUACUGAUGACUCCCAGUCUACCUCCACCGUAGCUCAGGAUAAGGCCUACACACUUCACGUUCCUAAGAAGCCCCACUUGCCCGUCCUCCACAAGCUUGAUGUUCGUCCCCCUUCUGACCUGCAACUAUUCCCCCUCCCCAUCCUCUCCCCUAACUUCUGCUCAACUGAUGUGUUCAAACUUGUAAAAGAGUUCUUCUUCGAACAUGGAAUGACUCUCAACAUGUGUGGUUCAAUUUGCACUGAUGGAGCCCCUGUCAUGCUUGGAAAUAAAUCAGGCUUUGCUACCCUGGUGAAAAAAGAGGUUCCCCAUGACUCGACUGUGCGGAAGACAGUUGCUGGUUACAAGGAGAGCCAGGAGCAGUGCCAAUACUUGGGAUUUCCCUUCAUAUGUAAUACAAACACAUAUAAAGGAAGCAUCAACAGAGCCGCCUCGGCUGUGUCCCCCUGGACAUUGGGCGCCGCAUUUUUGGCAAAUCCCUGUAGCAACCAAGCGACGUCCGCUUUUACAGUUGUUCAGAAGUUUAGGACAGAAGCUAACCUUACAACUCCCUCCACCAUGGCUAACACAACCGGACCCCAGGUGGCGUUCUACAGUUCUGGUGCGGCCACAUUCGGCUAUCCUGAUGGGACGACUGUUGUGGACUUCGUUCCAGAAGAUGUCAAGUACCUGGUCAAUGAGCACUGGUACAGCUUCCCACCAGUUAAUCCGAUGUGGCACUACCUCCUAGGCGUCGUCUACUUUUUCCUUGGCAUGAUCUCCAUCAUGGGCAAUGGCCUUGUCAUCUACUUGUACAUGAAAAGCCAGGCCCUGAAGACUCCCGCUAACAUGUUGGUGGUGAAUCUUGCUCUCUCUGACCUGAUCAUGUUGACCACCAACUUCCCCUUCUUCUGCUACAACUGCUUCUCCGGCGGCAUGUGGGUGUUCAGCGGCACCUACUGUGAGAUCUAUGCUGCUCUCGGUGCUGUUACUGGCGUGUGCAGCAUCUGGACCCUCUGCAUGAUCUCCUUCGACAGGUACAACAUCAUCUGCAAGGGCUUCAACGGCCCCAAGCUGACCCAGGGCAAGGCCACCGCCAUGUGUGCUACUGCCUGGAUCAUCUCCGUUGGUUGGUGUCUUCCUCCCUUCUUCGGCUGGGGCGGUUACUCCCUGGAGGGCAUCCUGACCUCUUGCAGCUUCGACUACCUGUCCCAGGACAUGAACAUCGUCAGCUACAACAUCUGCAUCUUCGUCUUUGACUUCUUCCUGCCCGCCGCCAUCAUCAUCUUUUCCUACGUCUUCAUCGUGAAGGCCAUCUUCGCCCACGAGGCCGCUAUGCGCGAGCAGGCCAAGAAGAUGAACGUGACCAACCUCCGCUCCAACGAGGCCGAGACCCAGCGUGCUGAGAUCCGCAUUGCCAAGACCGCCAUUGCCAACGUGUCUCUGUGGCUCCUGUGCUGGACCCCCUACGCCUUGAUCACCCUCCAGGGAGUGAUGGGCAACCUCACCGGAAUGACUCCUCUCAUCACCACCCUGCCCGCUCUGCUGGCCAAGUCCUGCUCUUGCUACAACCCCUUCGUCUACGCCAUCAGCCACCCCAAGUACCGUCUGGCCAUCACUCAGCACAUGCCCUGGUUCUGCGUGCACGAGAAGGACCCCAAUGAUGUUGAUGAGUCUCAGUCUGCCAACACCCAGACUCAGGAGAAGUCAUAAGCAGUGUGGCCAUUGACGCCCCUGCCGCUAUCUGGAGAUGCUGACAAAUUUCUUCCCUGAAUCCUCUGCUCGUUCCGGCGGGCACAAAACGACUUCACUACGAAAAUCUCCUGCUCAAUCCUUGACAGUCGAGGCCUCUAGCAGCAUCUUACAAUAAAUAAAUCCUUGCAAUUCCA